UCUAGCGGAGAACUCUUCCAGAUUCUCGUUGCGCGUGAUGGAGGCGAUGCGAUCGUUGCAGCGCGAAGAAGAUGGACUCCUGCCGACCUCCACGCCGGACGAUAUCGUCGGUUAUAUCGAGGCGAACUAUCGCGACGACGGUGACCUUUACGCUCAGGUGCGAACAGCGCUGAAACAGGUCUGUUCCCAAGGAUUCGUCAUGGAACUGUUGGACAACGAGUACCACUUGGUGGGUCCUGCCGCCAUCUCGAUCAAUCAAACGACGUCCCCUGAAAAUCAAGGCAAGUGCCCCUUAGUAAGUUCAACGAUAGAUCCUCAAGAACGUCGAAAACUUGAAAAUCCUGAAGGGAACAGCUGUGACUGUGAGUCGUCCACCACUGGAGAAUCUGCACCUAAAAGGAAACGUCGAAGUCCAGAAACAAGGAACGCUGUUCAGAACUAUGAAGAAGAAGAUGGCUUUCUUGAAGAUAAUCCAGAGUGCUCCUGCAGUACGACUGACGAGAACGUGGAACCAUUUGACACGUUAAGAAGUACAGGAAGGAAUGGAAGAGAUGAAGUACACGAAGAGAUGUAUGUUGGGGCAGGAGGAAAUCUUCCACUGAAUAUUUCACAGAGAAGAGGAACGAAUGAUCGAGGUAGAAAGGAAAGAACGAACGAUCCAGGGAAGAGUAAGCUAAAUGCAACGACAGUGAGAGAUAAGACGGUUGUUAUUGAUAAAGCUAGAGAAGAGAAGGAUUCUCUGACAGAUGAAACGGUAUCUGACGUUCUGCACAACGUUCUCGAGAAGUCUCGAGGUCAGACUCGAGCCAAAAUAUCUGAUCAACACAAAAAAGAUCUGGAAAGGUGGAUCCAACGUUGCCAAGAGGAAUGCAAACGACGAGGCAAACGACGAUUUAUGAAUAAAUAAAUUUUUAAUGAAUUCUCAAGCAGUUACAGGCGUGAACAUUUUGAUUUAUAUCAUCGAGUACUCUGGGAAAUUUGUAUAAGACAUUAAAAUUAAAAUAUUCUUUGUAACUGUGUUUCAUCUGGCUUUAAAUUUAAGAAAUGUAUACAUUAUAAAUAUUUGAAGUGAUAUGUGUAUAAAAAUAGUCCUGUGGUUAAAUAA